AUGGCUCAAAAACGAGAAGAAACUGAAGCUCAAAUCUAUGCUAAAUUAUCAUUACUUGAAACACAACUAAAUGUUUUAAAUAAUAUUGAAGUAGAAAGAAGCACAGUAACUAUUAAUGAGGAUCCUCAAGAUUCUCUAAGUGCUAAAUUAUGGGGAUCAUUGUCACUGCCUAAUAAUAUUACUGCUGAAGAUGAAUUCACCCAAUAUAUGAAAGAACUAUUAGCUCAUAAAAACAAAAACCCUUUAAUAUACCAACUUGCCUAUAAAUACUUGUCUAUCUCUGCUAUAUCAGUUUCAUCAAAAUGCUUAUUUUCUGAUAUGAAUACUUACAUUUCUGCUAGAAAAACUUGUCUUGACCCUAAUUUG